AGAUUUGGUCGAGACAUAUCGCAGCGCAUAUUUUACGAUUUUCGGUGGACCGCCUUUUCUGUAGACGUGCAGCUGCGUAAAGUGUGCGAUUUAACCGAUUUUAAGAUUGAUUAUGGCAGAGGAAGAAUUACCGUCAGGGUGGGAAAAGCGUUUGAGCAGGUCAACUGGACAGCACUAUUAUCUUAAUGUAUAUACUAAAGAGAGCCAGUGGGAUCGUCCUGACAAACCUGCAGAACCUGUAUCCAGCAGUGGACCAGAGCAAGUGCAAUGCAGUCAUUUGCUUGUGAAGCAUCAGAAUUCACGGAGGCCAUCUUCUUGGAGGGAAGACACUAUUACACGCACAAAAGAGGAGGCUUUAGAGCUUGUCAAGUCAUAUCGUGAACAAAUUGUAUCAGGACGGGCGUCGUUUGCAGAACUGGCACAGAAGUAUUCAGACUGCAGUUCAGCGAGGCGAGGUGGUGACUUGGGACCCUUCGGUCGAGGUGCUAUGCAGCGACCAUUUGAACAGGCAGCAUUUGCUCUUAAAGUAGGCGAGCUCAGUGAGCCUGUCACUACUGAUUCAGGGAUUCACAUUAUUUUACGCACUGCAUAGGAGUAUCAACGAUACAUCUUGCUUACAGCAAAUUAUUUUAUUCAAAAUGCGUUACAGUUAUUACUUAAUUUGUUCAUGAUGUAAAAUAUGUAUAAAUUAAUGAAGGUCAUUAUUCAAAUGAUGCAUAGCUGGCAUUAGCAAACACUUCAGUGAAGUAUAGUGUGUGUUUUAAAUAUGAUCUGAGACAAGGUCUAAACUAUUGUUAUACUUAGGAAUGGUGGAAAAUUGGUUAACCAUAAAAACAGUUAUCUGAUGAGAAAAGAUGGUCAUAAUGUAAGCAGUUGUUGAAUUAUUUGCUGCAGAGCAGCUUUUAUUUUGCAUUGUUAUGUCUGCAAGUUUUUUCCCCCAAGUUCAUUUAUUUUGUAUCGAAGGAGGAUUGAAUCCUAUUUCUAGUUAAAAAUUGUUAAAUCACAAAAAUCUUUUAGUUUGUGGCAUCAGUUUGUGCAUUUAUAAAUAAAUACAUACUGUAUCUUAGUACAUCCAUUUUUUCAAUAUUUAGUUCAAAGACUGUAUAGUUUGUAAAGAAGGAAUGUAGGUUCAUCUUUUACUGCAGCUUUUACAUGUGGGAGGGGGGGUUGAGCACUUACAUUUGUCAGACACGUAGCAUAGUUUAACUAAGGCUCAUAGUGCUUUGUUUUUAUUGAUAGUUGUACAAAGAAAAUGUUAAGAAAUUGUAAUUCAUUUAUGAAGCAAGAGACUGCUGUGUGAAAAUUUAAAUGAACUUAUAAACCGAAAUUUAUGAAAGAAGCGCCGCAAGUCUUUGAUAAAUAAGAAAUUAGUAAUUAAAGCACUUUCAACAGACUUUUACAUUGCACUGCCAUAUAGAAGAAAAAUUUUAUAAUGGUGACCUUGAUUUUAACUCUGUGAUUCACUUGCACAGUUAGCGUAUACCAUUACAUUAUGUUGUAAAAUGAGAGAGACCAGAAUUAUUUUGACAGGUAAAUGUUUUUGUGAUGUAUCUCUAAGCCGUAAUAUUUCAGUAAUUGUUUUUCAAUAUUAUUUCUCUGUCUUCGAUUUUAAAAAUGCUUAAGCUCCAAGUUUUUUUGGGCUUGAAAGUUUCCCUGUGAGAACUCCUUGCAGGACUCGAAUUUGUUUAGCAGUUACUGUUGUAUCCAAAAGAGUAAGAUUUAUUUACAUGUAGGGUUUAUUUUAUUCGAAAUUUUAGAAAAAUCAAAUUUGUGUUGACUAAUAGGUAUAGAAUUUUGUAUGUUUUAUUUAUUGACAUAAGGUAAUGUUCAUUUAUUUUUUUUUUUUUUGGUGCAUCCUUUAUUGUUUUCACUUCUUCACUUUCAUUGUUAAAUUCUGUAUGAGAACUUUUUGCUGGCAGACACAAUUAUGUGAGUGACGCAUGAUUGGUUUCCUAUUGUAUAAAUACACAGGUAGCAACUUCUGUCUGUGCAAUGCAGUUAUGUGUAAAUAUUGAUUUCUUUUUGUUCCAAAACAUAUGCUAAUGUCAGUGACAUGUCAUUAUUCUGUAAAUACUUAUAAUAGUAGGCCUGAUUUUGUGCAUACUCUGGUUGACUACAGUUUAUGAUGAAUUAUAUUGUCAGCCCCCUUCUUACUGUAUAAAAAUACUGAUUCAUAUACUCGUGCAUCUGCUAUUUGUAAGCUGCAGGAGGCUUACACAAAUGUAGUCAAUAUUUAUAUUGUACAUCAAGCUUCAUAAAUGCCGGCUCUAGAUUGUAACAAAGUGUCUGAAAAGUUGCUACUUUCUCUAAAAUUUUCUUAAUAGCUUCCAGAACUUUUUCAUUACAUCAAGUCACAAAAAAAAAGCUAAUUCUAUCUGUAACAUUUCAGAAUAGGGGCCUAUUGUGUAUGUGGUGGAUAGAAAGUUUUCUAUGUUGAUAAAAGAUGUUUUCACAACAUGAAGCAAUAAGGAAUGUGGCCAAGAUAAAUAAGACUGUUGUUGCCAAUAAUGUACUAUUAGUAUUUGUUAAUGAUAUUUUAGCCAGUUUCUAUUUCUUUAGUGUGUAGAUAUUGCUGUAAAUGCAGAUCACAAUGAGAACACUUUUCAGUUAUGUACAGUUUGAAGCUUCAUAAUGUUCUGUAUCCAAAAAGAAUUUUUUCCUCUUGGAACUGUCUUCCACAGCUACUUUAUUUUUGUAUUUGUGAAACCACUUGCCAAUGUCAAUGACAGGUAGUACGAGGAGAGCUGAAAAACGAGGCUUCAGUCCUGAAAUCAAUAAUACCCAAAUAAAUAAUGUAAGAGUGUAGCUGUGGAAGUUUUUUCCAAAGGAAGAAAUUGAAACUUGAUGCAACUCUUCAGUAAUAACUUAGGUAUUAGUGCACAGAAGUAGUACAGAGGGAGCUUUUACACAUUUUUAUUAAUGCGGUAUUGUCAAAAUUAUGCCUAUCUGUGAUAUGAGCUCUAGAUCACAUCACCUGUGAAAUAAGUGUAUAUUGUGCAACUAGGAAACUUUUUAUACGGAAAAGGACACCUGUCCAAUUACUAACUUUCUGAAUACCUGACAUUUAUGAUUUAGUUCACUCCUUUCAUCUUCAGACUGUAGCUAGUACGACUAUCUAUUACACUUUUGUUGUCAGUGUUACUGCCACAGGAGGUGGCAAAAGGGUGGAAUAUCUGAGCUUUAUAUACAUUCCUGUUUAAACAUAUGGUUUGGAAAUGAACUGUGAAGUAUUAACCUAUUGCCUUGAGAGCGCGAAGGCCAUUAUGAAAGUUGCGAUUUAAUGAAAAUCCGGUGAGAGGUGCUUUGUUGGAUUUCUGCAAGUGUUAAUGCAAGAACAACUUGCAUGGUAGGUCUACCAAGAUGAAAUUAUUGUAGUAUGUUAAUCAAUUAGUGUGGAAUAGGGUCAACAAAAACAUUAUUUUGCUGGCUUCAUCCAGCUGUUUUGCAUAAAUUUGUUUAGUUGAAUUGAAUUUGUGAGUACUAGUAUCAAACAUGAUUAAUAGAUGUUUUCCUAUUUUUUUUUUUUUCAAAAAUAGUUCUAAGUGUGACUUGAAUUUGUGUACUUCAUAGUUAGAACUGAUAAAAGCUAAGUUAAAUUAACCAGUAAGUUUCCGUGUCAGAAUUUUCUGAAACUGUGCAAAGUUUUAUUUUUAGCUAUUGCUUCAAAAAUAUUAGAUGAAAGAGUUACCUACAUAGUUUCUACAGUGCAACAGUUGUGAAUAAUUUGUAUGAAGUUUCUGUGCUAUGUAAAGAAGUCUUCCUGUAUCAAUAACAUUUUGAUUGUUUACCCAUAAUCAAUUAUUUCUUAAUUUUUAGACGUGAGGUAAAGUAAAUGCCGUGUAGGUUUACAGAAUGAAGGCUUUACGUUCUGGUAUUUCUGUGCCUGUUUGUUUCUCACAAAUUAGUAGGUAAAUCCAGAAAAUAUAGGACUGAUGUUAAUGUAACAUAAUGUGAAUUAAAAAGUUUCGUUAAGUGUUUAAA